AUGCCGAACUUCUGGAUCUUUUCCACCUUGGCCUUCAUCUUCUCCUUCUCUGCCCGCUCCAGCUCGGCCAGUUUGCUUGUGGCGUCGACCUUGAACUUGGCUCCGAAGAUCUUCACCUUGUCUGUGUCCAUUGAGGUAUUAGCAAUCAGGAUUUUCGCGUUUUUCAAAACCUUGGCCUGGCCAACGCCAAACCGCUUGUCCAAAAUAAACCCUUCGUCCAGAAACGAGUCCGACAGCUUGCCGCCGACUUUCUUGAUGAUCUGGAUCCGGUCCAGGUUCGUGGAGCCGCCCAGUCUCAGAAUGGCGUCGACCGCCAGCUUGGCAAAGUACUCCUUGUCCUGCGACAAAAUCUUGGACGACAAAGUGGUCUUGGCGAUAUCCGUAAGGUCUUUUCUGAAUUUGGCCUUGUCGUCGACGUUGUUGACUGCCAAGCCCUCGAGCUCCUUCAAAGCGGCCCGCGACGCGAUUCUAACAGUCACCGACGUGGUUCCGUCGCCAACUUCAUCGUCCUGCACCUUGGCCACAUUGACCAACACCUUGGCGGCCGGGUUGUCGAACGGAAUCGCCUUCAAGAUCGUGGCACCGUCGUUAGUGACCAACGAGUCUCCAGAAGAAGCAGACUGCAAAAGCUUAUCCAUCCCCUUGGGACCCAAGGUGGACUUCACCAAAUCCCCCACCGCAAUGGCACCGACGAACGACGAUAGCCGCGCGUUCUCAGCACGCUCCUCAGUGACCUGGUCUCCAAAAAUAUUGACCGACAUUAAAGAAAAGAAAAUUGGAAGAAAACCAAUUUUUCCCUCGACGCGUCGCAGUCUCAUCUUUGGCCAAACGAAAAAAUAA